AUGAGUUCCCGACAAAGGGGACACGAAAGGACGGGCAAGGAGAAGGAACCCUAUUUAAGGCACCGGGAAAUAGAGAGGAGCGCGGGACUGAACAUUGACUUGCAUGAUGGGGAUGAUGAUGAUGAUGAUGAUGAUGAUGAUGGCUCCGAAGGUGGAGUUGGGGUUUUGCACCACAAUUUGACCUCUGCAAGCAGUGCUCUUCAGGGCCUGCUGAGGAAACUGGGUGCCGGUCUGGAUGAUUUGCUCCCGAGCGCUGCCAUAGGUUCAGCUUCGUCUUCCCACCAAAGCGGACGGCUGAAAAAGAUUUUGUCCGGUUUGAGGGCUGAUGGAGAGGAAGGGAAGCAAGUGGAGGCACUUACGCAGCUUUGUGAUAUGCUGUCGAUAGGGACAGAGGAUUCUCUGAGUACUUUCUCGGUGGAUUCAUUUGUUCCUGUUCUUGUGGGAUUGAUUAAUCACGAGAGUAAUCCAGAUAUCAUGCUUUUGGCUGCGAGGGCACUCACGCACCUGGUCGAUGUGUUGCCCUCAUCGUGUGCUGUGGUGGUGCAUUAUGGUGCUGUCUCUUGCUUUGUUGCUAGGUUGCUGACUAUAGAGUACAUGGACUUGGCUGAACAGCAGUCUCUGCAAGCCCUGAAGAAGAUAUCUCAUGAACACCCGACUGUGUGCUUGAGGGCUGGUGCUCUUAUGGCUGUACUUUCUUAUCUAGACUUCUUCUCAACUGGUGUCCAGAGAGUGGCCUUGGCAACUGCUGCAAAUAUGUGUAAGAAACUGUCUUCAGAUGCUGCUGAUUUUGUUAUGGAAGCUGUUCCUUUGUUGACAAAUCUCCUGCAGUAUCCUGAUGCCAAGGUUUUGGAAUCUGCGUCGAUUUGCUUGACGCGGAUUGCUGAGGCGUUUGCUUCAUCACCUGAGAAACUCGAUGAACUUUGCAACCUUGGCCUUGUUGCACAAGCUGCUGCUCUUAUUUCUUCGUCUAAUGCUGGAGGGGGUCAGGCUUCCCUUAGCACUACGACUUACACGGGUUUGAUUCGUCUUCUUUCCACAUGUGCAAGUGGUUCUCCUUUAGGAGCGAAGUCCUUACUUCUAUUAGGUAUCAGUGGGACUCUGAGAGAAAUCUUGCAAGGGUCCGGCCUUGUGUCAAGCAUGUCUGUUUCACCUGCUUUGAGUAGACCUCCAGAGCAGGUCUUUGAGAUUGUGAACCUGGCAAGUGAGCUUCUUCCACCACUUCCGCAAGGAAUAAUAUCACUUCCAGUCAGCAGCAGUUUGUUCAUGAAAGGAUCACUUUGUAAAAGGAGUAAUGCAGGCAGCUCUAGCAAGCAGGAAGAUUCAAAUGGGAACAUGCAAGAGGUUUUAGCGCGUGAGAAACUAUUGAACGAUCAGCCUGAACUUCUACACCAAUUUGGAAUGGAUCUUUUCCCUGUUCUGGUCCAAAUCUAUGGAUCCAGCGUGAAUGGUCCUGUACGCCACAAAUGUCUAUCAGUUAUAGGAAAGCUCAUGUACUUCAGCUCGUCAGAAAUGAUUCAAUAUUUGAUAAAUGUCACAAACGUCUCAAGUUUCUUAGCUGGUGUUUUAGCUUGGAAAGAUCCCCAAGUUCUGGUGCCCGCUCUUCAAAUAGCUGAAAUUUUGAUGGAAAAGCUUCCUGAUACUUUCUCUAAGAUGUUUGUAAGGGAAGGUGUCAUUCAUGCUGUGGAUACAUUGAUACUCACUGGAUCUACUAGCAGUUCACAACAAUCUCCAGUUCAUAAAGAUAACGAUUGUAUUCCAGGGUCAUCACGGUCCAGAAGGAAUCGUAGACGAGGCAGUAAUACUGGUUGUGAUACAAAUACAGACGUCAAAAGCUCAAUUCCAAGUAUUGGUUCAAAGCAGCCGAAUACAGUCGAAAUACCAACAGUCGUCAAUUCUAGCCUCCGUGUCACAGUCAGCGCUUAUGCAAAAACAUUCAAGGAAAAAUAUUUCCCUUCAGGUCUGGAGGGUAGCGAGAGUGGGGCCACGGACGAUCUCCUACACCUAAAGAAUCUUUGCACGAAGCUCAAUGGUGGAAUAAACGAGCAAAAAAAUAAACUGAAGGGAAAAUCAAAAUUAACUGGUCCCCGGCUUGGCGACAUUUGUUCUAGUAAAGAGGAGAAUUUGGUUGAGGUGAUAAUCGAUAUGCUGCGGGAACUCAGCCGAGAGGACGGGGUCUCGACUUUUGAGUUCAUCGGCAGUGGAGCUGUUGACUCUCUGCUUAAUUACUUCACCUGCGGCUAUUUCUCCGAGGAGAGAAUAUCUGAAUCGGACCUGCCCAAACUCAGACAACAGGCUAUUAGGAGGUUCCGAUCUUUUGUUUCUGUUGCUCUUCCCUUGAGCAUUGAAGAAGGCUCUUUAAUUCCCAUGAGUGUUUUGGUUCAGAAGCUUCAGAAUGCUCUGUCCUCUCUAGAGCGCUUUCCUGUCGUGCUUAGCCACGCAUCACGGCCGUCUAGCGCCAACGCUCGCCUUUCUUCUGGCCUGAGUGCCCUUUCUCAGCCAUUUAAGCUGCGCCUUUGCCGGGCACAGGGACAGAAAUCCCUCCGUGACUACUCAUCGAAUGUCGUGUUGAUUGAUCCGCUGGCGAGUUUAGCCGCUGUUGAGGACUUCCUUUGGCCAAGGGUUCAACGGGGAGAGUCUUGUCAGACUCCGGCGGGGACAACAGGUACAGGGACUGGUGAGGGUUCGCCAUCUGGCUCAACUCCGGCUUCUGCUGCCAGGCGUCACUCGACUCGAUCAAGAUCUUCGUUUAAUAUAGGUGAUGCUGGGAAGAAAGAUUUGUCGCUGGAGAAAUGUUUGAGCUCAUCCAAGGCCAAGGGGAAAGCGGUUCUGAAGCCUAAUCAGGAAGAGAGCAGGGGGCCCCAGACCCGAAAUGCUACUCGUAGAAGAGCAGCAGUGGAGAAAGACAAUGUGAUGAAGUCGGUGGAGGGGGACACCAGCUCUGAGGAUGAUGAAUUGGAUGUUUCACCUGUGGAAAUUGAUGAUGCUUUGGUGAUUGAAGAUGAUGAUAUAUCUGAUGAGGACGAUGAUGAUGAAAAUGAUGACGUCCUAGGAGAUGACAAUCUUCCCGUGUGCAUGCCGGACAGAGUGCAUGAUGUUAAGUUAGGCGAUUCUGUAGAAGACAGUCCAGUCCCUAAAUCAAGCGAUGGACAUAUCAAUGCUACGUGUAGUUCCAGCAGCAGAGCUUCUACUGGUGGUAGUUUGUUCGGUUCAAGAGGAGCAAUGUCCUUCGCUGCUGCUGCCAUGGCUGGACUCGCAUCUGGAAAUAGUAAAGGUCUGAAGGGAAUCCGGGACAGGCGUGGCCAUCUCUUAUUCGGCUCAAAAGGUUCUCCGAAGCUAAUAUUCACCGCAGGUGGAAGGCAGCUUAAUCGAAACUUGAGCAUUUAUCAGGCUAUUCAAAGGCAGCUCGUUUCAGAUGAAGAUGAUGAAGAUAGGUUUGUUGCCGGCAGUGAUCUUGUAUCUAGUGAUGGCAGCAGGCUCUGGACUGAUAUUUACACCAUUACGUAUCAAAAGGCCGAUGGUCAAACCGAGGGGUCCACGAUUCCUUCUAAGUCAACGAAAGCCAGCUCAUCGACCCAUCACAAUCUCUCUAUGUUGGAUAGCAUUCUUCAAGGCGAGCUCCCUUGUGAUAUGGAAAAAAGUAACCCAACCUAUAAUAUACUAGCACUUUUGCGCGUAUUGGAUGGGUUAAAUCAGCUCUCCCCACGUUUACGGUCUCAGCAGAUGAUCGACAUGUUUUCUGAGGGGAAAGUGUCGAGUCUCGAUGACUGUCUCGGCUUGACCGGAAUUAAAGUCCCGCCGGAGGAUUUUAUCAAUGGGAAGCUUACUCCGAAGCUGGCUCGUCAAAUUCAGGAUGCUCUGGCGCUUUGCAGCGGGUCUCUCCCGUCUUGGUGCUACCAGCUGACGAAAGCCUGCCCGUUUUUGUUUCCUUUCGAAACUCGCCGCCAAUACUUUUAUUCCACGGCGUUCGGAUUGUCCCGUGCAUUGUAUCGGCUCCAGCAGCAGCAGCAAGGUUCAGAUGGUCAUAGUUCGUUUAGUAGUGAACGGGAAGUUCGGGUCGGGAGAUUACAGAGACAGAAGGUCCGAGUUUCGAGGAAUCGAAUAUUGGAUUCUGCUUCGAAAGUUAUGGAGAUGUAUUCGAGUCAAAAGGCUGUUCUUGAAGUCGAGUAUUUUGGUGAGGUGGGUACUGGAUUGGGGCCCACUCUCGAGUUCUACACUCUUUUGAGUCAUGAGCUUCAGAAAGAUGGAUUGGGAAUGUGGAGAUCAUCGGGUUCUUCUUCUGGUGGACCCUUGUUAGGCAAUAAAGGUAAUAUUAUUCAUGCGCCUCUAGGUUUGUUCCCUCGUCCUUGGCAGCCCAAUGCUGAUACUUCAGAUGGCAGCAAGUUUUGUAAGGUGAUCGAAUAUUACCGUUUGCUUGGUCGAGUUAUGGCAAAGGCUCUCCAGGAUGGUAGGCUCUUGGAUUUGCCACUUUCAGUUGCCUUUUAUAAGCUUGUUCUCGGUCAAGAGCUGGAUUUGCAUGAUAUUGUUACGUUUGACGUGGAACUAGGGACUACUUUGCAAGAAUUGCAAGCGCUUGUGUUGCGAAAAAAGUAUUUAGAAUCAAUGGGAAGUUUUGACAUGGGAGAGUUGUGUUUUCGCGGAGUGUCGAUUGAAGAUCUUUGUUUGGAUUUCUCCCUCCCGGGCUACCCUGAGUAUAUUUUGAAAUUGGGCAGUGAGAAUGUGGAUAUAAAUAGUUUGGGGGAUUAUGUUACCCUUGUGGUAGAUGCUACCGUAGGGACCGGAAUCUUGCGACAAAUCGAAUCAUUUAAAUCUGGAUUUAACCAGGUGUUUGACAUUGCAAGUCUACAAAUAUUUUCACCUAAUGAGUUGGAUUAUCUGCUGGGUGGCCGUCGAGAGUUAUGGAAGGCGGAGUCCCUGGCAGAUCACAUUAAAUUCGAUCAUGGAUAUACUUCCAAGAGCCCUGCUAUUGUCAAUCUUCUUGAGAUUAUGGGUGAGUUCACUCCCGAGCAGCAACGUGCAUUCUGUCAAUUUGUGACCGGUGCUCCUCGGCUUCCACCGGGUGGUUUGGCCUUGCUCAAUCCCAAGUUGACUAUUGUUAGAAAGCUUUCUGCAAACACAACAAGCACAGCAAGUAACGGUACGGGUCCAUCUGAAUCUGCUGACGAUGAUUUGCCUAGUGUGAUGACAUGUGCCAAUUAUUUGAAGCUUCCACCAUAUUCAUCUAAGGAAAUUAUGUACAAGAAACUGCUUUACGCCAUUAGCGAAGGACAAGGAUCUUUUGAUUUGUCUUGA